CUACGUGCGGCGGCCAUAUUAACGUUUUACUCACAUCUUCAAGGGUAACUGAAACAACCCAGGCUAAGCAACAUGUACCGGUUUGCUAAAGCUGCAGUGAACCUCUCAGGUCAGGCCACAAGGCAGGUGAGGCAUGGAUCCUUUGUCGCCUCAAACUUCCACGUCAAAUACGGCAACGGGUUGAUGGUCGGUGGAGCGGCCUUCUGCACAGCUGUGUGGGCAUACGUGCUGACUCAGACUGGCAUCACCUGGAAUCUGUCGCCUAUUGGGAAGGUGAUGCCCAAAGAGUGGAGAGAGCCCGAGUCUGAAGAGUAAAAAGCCGCCAUGACAAACCAAUCUCUCACCUCCUAAUAAACUUUCUGGUUGUACAGAUGAAUGACAAUUAUCUGCAUGUUCUGACAGCAGAUUCCUGUGUUUAUUUCAACAUGUUACUUUGUCCAAAUAAAUUAAGUAUGAUUCUAUUGA